UGUGUUUUGGUUAGGCUACUUAAAUCGAAAUUUUCAAUUUCUUUUUUAUUGUGUCUUUAAUAUAGUUCAAUGCCGUUUUAUAAACAAUUAUUUGCAAGUAUAUAAUGCAGCGUCGAUUAAAAAUCUGAUGACAGUUUGUGACUAUCUUUUGUAUCUAAAAGGGUGCAAAUUAUUGGCGAGAACCAUGCUUAAACUUCUAUGUUCCAUUUUUAUUAUUUGUCUUUAUAUAGGGACGUGCCAUUCAAACCCAGGAAUAUUUGAUUUAGUGGCGGACGAAAGUAAAGAAUACGUACAAGGUGGCGGAAAAUCUUAUGACAAUGUUCAUCAAUCCCAACAAGGAGAAGCUGGCAAAAAGGCAUAUGUUUCUAAGCACCAGAAAGAACAAGGACUGCAAGGACAUCAUGAUAAUGAAAGACAUCAACAAAAAUAUGCUCAAGAGGGUGGGAGUAAAAAGUCACAGAGCCAUGACGACGGAUAUUAUGCUGGCGGACACAAAGGUUCCCAUGGAGAGAAAGGCUAUAGUUAUGUUGAUAAAGGCAGUUACGCGAAAGGACACAGUACUAAAGGACAUCACGAUGUUCAUAAACUUGAUGAAUUCCAGAAGAAAAAGACAUUUUUCGAUGAAGACCACGACGAAGCUGAUCAAGAAAAACAUGGCGGAUACGAAGUAGGAAAAGAUUUUAAGAAUGGCCAAUUUAAAUAUGGUGGACACGCCAAGAAGGUCUACUUCGAAGGAGAAUUUGGAGCUAGUGGCAAAGCUGAAAAAGGAGAUCACGAUUUUGAAGAAGCUGGACAUAAACGUGCUAGCGGCAAAGACGCAUAUUUCAAAGAUGCGGAGGAAUUCGUAAAGAAAGGCAAUUCGGAACUGUUUAAAAAUUUUGGAUUUAAUGUAAAGAAACAAGAAUAAAUGUAUUAUGUAACAGCUAAGCCAAAAGACUUGUUUAAUGUAGCUCUUUGUACAGUAUGUUAAUUUAUUAAAUAAACGUUAUUAAG